GCCAUUUUUGACCUCCCGCGUGCCCAACGCGCGUUGCUGCGGCGCUAUUUGCCUGCUCUAUCCUCAUCGCUGCGCAAGGUCCAGCUUUCGAGGCACCGCUGCGCGCAACCAGCGCGCCAAGCACCAAAACUGCUGUGAGGCGGCGACCGCACGCGCUGCACGCGUUGCGUAGCUCGGGGGCUCGUGCGGCGCGGGGCGAGCGCGGAGACCACCGGAAAUUUGCGCAAGCGGCUGCCGCGCGCCCUGAAACCACAGGGGCGUCGCCGACCCUGACCGCGCGCGAGCAAGGGACGGCACAAAAUGAACGCCUCGCAACUCCAAAGAGAAGCGGCGAGCCGCGCCAUGAAGAUGGCGCGCGCCGCGGGCAUGGAGAAGUCCAUGGCCCAGGCCAUGGGUGCUGCUGGUGUUUCUGCCCCGAACGUCGCCGGCGGCGACGGCCGCUUCUUUUCCAGUACAAAAAAAGGCGAGACGCAGGAAAUCAGGUUGGAACUCCAGGCCGCGUCGAAAGAUAAAAAAAUCAACGCCGUCAAGAAGGUUAUUGCUAAUAUGACGGUGGGCAAGGACGUGUCGGCGUUAUUUCCCGACGUCCUAAACUGCAUCCAGACGGGCAACAUCGAGCUGAAGAAGCUUGUUUACUUAUAUUUGGUGAACCAUGCGAAGACGCAUCCGGAUCUGGCGCUGUUAGCCGUGAAUACGUUCGUGCGCGACGCCGCGGACCCCAAUCCGCUCGUGCGAGCGUUAGCUAUUCGCACGAUGGGCUGCAUACGCGUCGAGAGGAUCACGGAGUAUUUAUGUGAGCCUUUGGAACGCGCUCUCAAAGAUGAAGAUCCCUACGUGCGAAAAACGGCCGCGGUGUGCGUCGCGAAACUGCACGACAUCUCGCCUGAUCUCGUGAAGGAUCGGGGCUUCCUGGAUCUGUUGCGAGACUUAGUGGCGGACGCGAACCCGACCGUGGUGGCGAACGCGGUGGCCGCUCUCAGUGAAAUCGCCGACGAGGACAAAGGAAGCGACGACGUCAUGGGCAUGUCGUCCGCGAAACUCCAGAAGCUCUUAGCGGCUUUAAACGAGUGCACGGAGUGGGGGCAAGUUAGUAUUUUGGAUGCGUUGGCGAAGUACGUCCCGGAAGAGGCGAAGGACGCGGAGCGCAUCAUCGAGCGCGUCAUGCCGCGGCUGCAGCACGCGAAUAGUGCCGUGGUGCUGUCGGCGAUCAAGGUCAUCUUGCAGUACAUGCACGAGGCUUUGGAUCCAGAAUCCGAACUUUGUGUUGGUUAUAGGAAGAAAUUGAGUCCGCCGCUCGUGACGAUGGUCAACACCGCCGAGCCCGAGCUCUGCUACGUGGCGUUGCGGAACGUGAAUUUGAUCGUGCAGCGAGAUCAAAGAAUACUAGAGAACGAGAUCAAGAUCUUCUUUUGUAGAUAUAAUGACCCGCUCUACGUCAAAUUGGAAAAGCUGGAAAUCAUGAUCCGGUUGGUUUCGGACCGGACGGUGGAUCAAGUGCUCUUGGAGCUCAAGGAGUACUCGCAGGAGGUCGACGUGGACUUUGUGCGCACGGCCAUCAAGGCCGUGGGUCGCGUCGCGGUGAAGCUCGAGAAUGCCGCCCAACGAUGCGUGAACGUGUUGCUGGAGUUGAUCAAGGCGCGCGUGCCUUAUGUUGUGCAAGCUGCGGUUGUCGUGGUCGCGAAUAUCUUCCGGAGGUAUCCGAACAGAUACGAAUCCAUAAUAGGGGCUCUAUGCGAAAAUCUCGAGUCGUUAGACGAACCGGAAGCCAAAGAAGCGAUGAUCUGGAUCGUCGGGGAAUAUGCUGAUAGUAUAGAGAAUGCUGAUGAACUAUUGAGCGGCUUCCUGGAAGAUUUCCGCGAGUCCGAGCACGCGGUACGCCUACAGUUACUCACGGCGUGUGUGAAGCUCUUCCUCAAGUCCCCGCAACGAGGCGAGGCGCAGCAGAUGGUGCAAUCUGUGUUGUCCAUGUCCACGGAGUGCACGGACGACCCCGACCUGAGGGAUAGAGGCUAUAUAUACUGGAGGUUACUCUCGAAUGACCCGGAGGCCGCAAAAGCUAUUGUAUUAGGACCGAAGCCGCCCGUGGAAGACGACACGGCGAAGUUGGAUGAGGCGACGCUGGAUUUGUUACUGUCGCAGAUCGGUACCCUAGCCUCGGUGUACCACAAGCCGCCCGAAGCGUUCGUGAACGAGAAGACUCUGAAGGAGGAGGAGGAGGAGGAGACCUACGACGACUUCGACGACGCGCCUGCUGACGACGAGGAACCGGCACCAGCACCACAGGGUGGUGGUGGGGACCUGCUGGAUCUGCUCGACAUGGGCCCCGUCGCCGCGGCCGUGCCCGAACCUCCCAAGUCUGGUGGCGACGCGCUGGUGGCCGACGCCUUGGGCGACAUCUUUGGCGGCGACCCCGUCGUGCCGCCGUCGCAACCGUCCGGAGACAUCUUCGGCGGUGAUCUGAUGGCCCCUUCACAAAACGACCCCUUCGGCGGGUCCGCGUUGUUUGGCGCAAAUACCCCACCACCAGCACCGGCACCCUUGCGCAAGCCCGUUUCUGUGUUGCAGCCGUCGCAACAAUCAGGAGGUGUUGGCAUCGCCGCGGCGUUCAACGCUGGCGAGCAGCGGACGAUAGCGCUGGACCUCGAGGUGUCGAACGCGGGGCCGCAGCCUGUUCGUUUGUUGCAAAUUCAGCUGAACAAGUCGCCCUUUGGGCUGGCGCCGGCGGACGCACCUUCGCUCCAGUUCGACCCUCCUUUGUUGCCAGGAACGACGCGACCGAAACGGGUGAGGCUGAGAGCGGGCGACGCGAAGAUGCUGUCGCAGGUGCCGGCCAUGACGGCGGGUGCCGGCGUGAACGUGCAAAUAGCAUUAAAGAACGCGGACACGGGGGCCGUGUUUUACCUGGCCGCGCCGUGCCCGCUGGACGCCGUGUUUGCCGCGGACGCGACGGUGGAUCGGUCGGCCUUCAUAGCGAGGUGGAAGGCCAUCGACGACGCCAAUGAGAGUUAUGCUACUGUGGCUGAUUUACCGACCGGUCCUUCCAUAGACGCGGCGGUCGCGAAACUCGCGGCGCGGCGGUGCCACCCCGUCGCGCGGCGGGCCGUCCCGGGCCAGGUCGGAUCGGAAGUGGCCUACUUCUCGGUGCAGCUGCUCGGACCGGAGGCGGAGUAUUUGGUGGAGCUCACGUUCAAGAGCGGCGUCGCGGCGUGCAAGGUCUGCGUCAAGACGACGGCCCGGUCGCUCGCGCCGCUGGGGCUCGCGGCGAUCUGCGCGCUGCUGCGGGCGCCCUGAGUAAUGGUUGGGGUGGGUUAAUUGCUUAGACCUAGGCCGCCUGGCGGCCCUG